UCUCUCUCUCUCUGCCCCUCCCCUGCUCGCUCGCUCUCGCUCUCUCUCUCUCAAAAUAAACUUAAACAAAAAAAGCCACAUCAACCCACCAAGACACCAGCCUUGGUUCAGAAUAUUAACCAGACUGCAAACUUCAUUUAGAUUUCACCAGGUUUUCCACUAGCCCAGGACCUUCAUUCUGGCCCAGGACCGCAUCCGGGGUCCCACAUGACAUCUCGCCAUCUCGCCAUCUCGCCUUGUUUUCUGGGGCUCCUCCAGUGUGACCUUUCCUCACACUUUCCUGGUUUUGCGUGGCCUCGACGCUUUUGAAGAGCAGUGGCCAGGUGCUUUGUAGAAGGUCCCUUGGACUGAGUUCGUCUGAUGUUUUCUCAUGAUUACACUGAGGUUACCUUACACUGAAGGUGGCCCAGAGGUGUCCUGUCACAUCAGGGGACAUCACAGCAGGCGUCCUGUCCUCAUCACAGUGACACUGAUCUUCAUCACUUGGCUAGGGCGGGGUCCGCCAGGUUUCUCCAGGAAUAAAGUUCCCCUUCUUCACUCUAUCCGCACUAUUUGCUGGAAGCAAGUCACUGAGUGAACCCACGUGGAUGGCGCGGGGGAGGGGAGGCUCCGCGUCCUGGAGGGAGGACCAUGGAAGAAUUUACAGAUGCGUUAACACCAUGGCGGUAAUUAACAAGUAUUUUGGAGGUGUGACUUUUCUGCUGCCCGAUGUCCCGCCUCUCCUUGGAGCGUCCCCGGUAAUGACGUGUGCAUCUGUGGGCCUUGUCUGCGGGGAUGAUCACCGGGGUGUUCCCAUGAAAAUCCCAUGGUGAUUUUCUAUUAACGGGGCUGGGUGGUGAUUUUUGAAGUUUUCAUCCAGGAAUGCAGAUGACGCCCGUCAUAAGUAUCCGGUAACUGGCCUCUAUUCAUUCCUCAUGAGUCUGCAUGAGAAUUUGCGUUUACAAGAGACUUCACGCCUACGACAUCACCCAGAGCAGGCUGGUGGCUCACGUGUAGUGAGUGGGGACAGAGCAGGACUGCUCCAGGAUGUUGUUAACAGAGGGCCACAGCCAGACAGUCCUUAGAGCACGAGAACAGUGGGGGUUUAUAACAAGGGAGUAGGUGGGGGUCAGCAGACGGGCACUUGCCGUGAGGACGCAUCACGGGGGAUUCUGGCUGAACAGACCUGAUAGGAUUGCUGCUGCAGGCAUUCUGGGUGAUCCCCACCCCCCCCAACCCCCCGCCACCUGGGUGGGGCAGGAGGAAAUUGGCCGGAUAUCCAGGGUGAUCAGACACGGGGCGGGGGCUUCAAGCUGAAGUGACUUAGCAGGGCUCUGGCUAAAACAGAGCAUCUGAGCUGAACUCAGAAGCCCAGAGGUCAAGGCCUAGUUGGACGGAGGGCUCAGAGAGGCGAGAGAGGGUCCUUGGUGCCACCAGGCAGCACCAGAAUCAGCCUGGAAGGGAAGGGAGCCUCCCGGGAGUGUGCAGGGCUCACAGCCCGGCCUGUGCCUUCCGGGUGGGACAGGCGCAUCUGGAUCCUUCCUGCUGCAGAGCUGGGGUGGUCCGGUAGGAGAGUCCAGGGCAAAGGAGGGGGCCCGGGAGAGGGGCCCCAGGGAGCCGGCUGGGCUGUGGGAAGGCAGAGAUGAGUCUGGGAGGCGCCAAGGGUGGGGGCCUGUGGGCUUCGAGGCUGGGAGGUCCUACUGGGUUGAGUGGGGUUCCCCACAAAAUUCGUGUCCACCCGGAACCUUGGAAUGUGAGCUUAUCUGGAAAUGGGGUCUUUGCAGAUGUAAUUAGUUGAGAUGAGAUCAUAUGGGAAUGGGUGAGUCUAAUCCAACGACUGGCGUCCUUAUGAGAAGAGAGACACAGAGUCAGAAGACAGUCACGUGACCGCCGAGGCAGAAGCUGGAGGGAUGUGACCACAAGCCCAGGGGAAGCUGGAGUCCCAGAACCUGGAAGAGGCAGGAAGGACCCUGUUCUGGGGCUUUGGCCCUGAGACCUUGAUCCAACUGCUGGCCUCCUGAACAUGAGAGAAUAAAUCUCUGCUGUCUUAAGCCCCCAGCGUGUGGUCGUUUAUUUCAGUGGCCCCAGGACACUUGCACAGACUCCUCCCUGAUAGAAUUGGUAUACUUUGUAAGCUUCCAAGACCUUCCGUAUUUUGGUCCAUGCAUGGGUUAAGGGGCCAUUCAGGCCUGUGGCCUCUGUCCUGGCUUCUGUUGACCACACUGUGUGUGUGUGGGGGGGGGCACCUGGAUUGUGCCAGAGGUGUCCAGGUCCAGGAUUUGGGGAUCAGGGACAGGCCUGGGCCUGGGCUUCACGGUCCCUUCUCCUCCCGCAGCUCUGCCUGCCCCGGAUCCUGCUUUUCCCAAGAGAAGAGGAUGGCUGCUGGGUACGUGUCCCCCGGGCCCCAGGAGUUAGUGACCUUCGAGGAUGUGGCCGUGGCCUUCUCCCGGGAGGAGUGGGCCUUGCUGGACCCUGCUCAGAAGAGGCUGUACAGAGAGGUGAUGCUGGAGACCUACAGGAACCUGGCCGCACUGGAAACCUUGAAGACCCGAACUGCUGAUGCAGGCAUUGAGUUUGGUGCACUGUCCGCAACCCAAGCCUCUCAGGCCGCUGGUCCUUCCCCGUGGGUGGGGAGUUCACUCUUUCUACCAGUGGUGCCUUUCCAGCUGGAGCAAGGAGAAGCUGUGUGGUUGGGGGGGGAAGGAACUCCCAAAACCUCCUGUUCAGAUUUGGCUGCCAUACUGAAAAGCCAAGAGUCCUCUUGUAAGAAGGUGGUUUGGGGGGAAGAACCGCCCAGUGGUAUGACCGUAGUAAAGCUUCCCAAAGGAGACUGGGGCUAUGGUCAACUUGAGGAGAAUCGUGAAGCCCUGCACAGGCUUUUGGGGCAGCUGGCGUACCCCCAGGCGGCGGUGUUUGCUCAAAGGGAGACCACUGCCUGGCAUGAGUUUGGGGAAGCCUGUAGUACGAGCUCAGACCUUGCUUUAUCUCAAGGAGGUUCUAUAGAAGAACAUUCCCACGACUGUGGUCUAGAUAUUGAGAGUUUGGUAGCUAAUCCAUUCUUAAACCAUCAUCGGAUGGCAUAUACAGGUCAGAGACCCUGGGAAGGGAACGAAUGUGGAAAAGACGUCAGCCACAACAGUGCCUUCAGUCAACACAACAGAGCCGCUGAAAGCGGGGAAUCAUUUCCUCACGGUAUGGCUCUCACAACACACAACACGGUGAAUACAGCAGGGAAACCCUACGAAUGUCACCACUGCGGGAAAGUGUUUAACCGGAGGCAUUCCCUGAGUGAACAUCAGAGAAUCCAUACAGGAGAGAGACCAUAUGAAUGUCAGGAAUGUGGGCGAGCCUUUACGCACAGCUCAACCCUCACACGACACUUGAGAACUCAUACUGGAGAGAAACCCUAUGCGUGCGGCGAAUGUGGGAAAGCCUUCAACAGGAUUUCGUCUCUCACCCAACACCAGAGGAUUCACACAGGGGAAAAGCCCUACAAAUGCAAAGACUGCGGAAAGUCCUUCUGCCAGAGUUCUUACCUGGUCUUGCACAAGAGAACGCAUACGGGCGAGAAGCCCUAUGAAUGUAACGAGUGUGGAAAGGCCUUCAGUGAUCGUUCCUCGCUUAACCAACACGAGCGGACUCACACCGGUGAGAACCCCUAUGAAUGUAAUCAGUGUGGAAGAGCCUUCAGUCAGAGGUCUUCCCUCGUGAGGCACGAGAGGACUCACACCGGAGAGAAACCGUACGGCUGUAGCGAAUGUGGGAAAGCGUUCAGCCAGAGCUCGUCCCUUAUCACACAUCAGAAAACUCACACCAGUCAGAAAACCUAUAAAAUAAUUGAUUGUGGGAAAGCUUUCUAUCAGAGCAGCAACCUCAUUGGGUUUUAGAGACCACUUGCUGCCUGUAAGGUACCUUUUAGCUCUCUGCUACAGAAGUAUGGUUAGAUUUUGCCCUUCUGAUGGGACUGUUUGAAAAGAAGUAGGCUUCUGCACGUUCUUUUUUAAAAAAAUUUUGUUUAACGUUUAUUUAUUUUUGAGAGAGAGAGACAGAGCGUGAACGGGG